UCAUCUUGAACUUAACAUUACAAUACCACUUAUCAAACAAGCCCUUACGAGUACUAAACUAUCCAUAUAAAAACCCCCUAGACCCAAAUAAACAUUCUUACACCCUCUUCUCUUCUUUCAUCUUUCUCCCCAAAAAUGGGGGAUGAUGCAACCCCAACACAUAGCUUAAUACCAAAAUCCCAAAAUCCCAGAAAAUCAUUCAAUCGAUUACUUUCGCACGCCCAUGAUGAAUUGCACGGCUUUCGUUCUUACCUUCGAUGGAUGUGCGUUGAUCAAUCAAACAUUUACACAGCAAUUUUAUCAUGGUCCGUUUUUCUUAUAUUUGCAAUUCUAGUCCCUGCAUUCUCCCAUUUUUACCUCGCUUGCCCUUCUUGCGACGCCACGCACGACCGCCCUUACGACACGGUCGUGCAACUCUCUCUCUCCACCGUUGCGACGCUUUCGUUUGUUUGUCUUACACAGUAUGUACGGAAGUACGGUCUUCGAAGGUUCUUGUUCUUUGAUAAGCUUGUUGAUGAGAGUGAUUCUGUUAGACAUCAUUACACUACCCAGGUCUAUGGAUCACUGAAGAUAUUAUCUGUCUUUGUUCUCCCAUGCUUUUUAGCCGAAUGUGCCUACAAAAUCUGGUGGUAUGCUUCUGGUGCCUCCCAAAUUCCGUUCUUGGGUAACAUCAUUUUGAGUGACAUUGUAGCAUGCUCAUUGGAGCUGAUAUCAUGGCUUUAUCGGACAUUAGUCUUCUUCCUGGUCUGCAUUCUCUUCCGUCUGAUCUGCUACCUUCAGAUCCUGCGGCUCAAGGACUUUGCCAACGUGUUCCAGGAAGAUUCAGAUGUCAUGUCUGUUUUGAUGGAGCACCUUCGGAUUAGGAGGCACUUGAGGAUCAUAAGCCAUCGUUAUCGUUCAUUUAUCUUAUUGGCAUUGGUUUUAAUCACUUCGAGCCAAUUUGCUGCCUUGCUGUACACUACCAAAAACCAUUCAAAUAUGAGCAUCUUCAGAGUUGGAGAACUUGCACUAUGCUCCAUUACUCUAUUGACCGGGAUUGUGAUAAUACUACAAAGUGCCACAAAGAUAACACACAAAGCUCAAGCAAUCACCUCCCUUUCCGCGAAAUGGCAUGUGUGCGCGACAGUUGAGUCCUUUGGUACCACCUCUGAGACUGAAACACCCGUAGCCCAGACCAGCAGUGGAGGAAGCCCAGGUUUCUUUGAUUCGAGGAGCAGUCAUUCAGAUGACGAUGAGGCAGGGGAUGAGGAGGAUGAUGUUGACAACACCAAGUUUCUCCCUGCUUAUGCCUAUAGCUCAAUCGGUUUCCAGAAACGACAAGCUCUAGUGACAUAUUUUGAGAACAACAAAGCUGGAAUCACAGUUUACGGAUUUAUGUUAGAUAGGACUUGGCUCCAACUCAUUUUUGGUAUCGAGUUAUCUUUAGUACUUUGGCUACUCGGAAAAACAGUUGGUAUUUAAAAGACAAGAACAUCCUCAUUGGCGCGUAAUAUUAUAUACAAACUUUGAUUCUUUGACCUUAUACGGUCCUUGAUUUCCUUACAAGCUUUCUCUUGCUGGCCUCUUCUUCCCUGGCCUCUGUCACUUCCGGAGAAAGUGAAUGAGUCGAGGGAGCUAGCAUAAGACUGAUUUUACAGUCUCGAUUAGGACCUCAUCAUGCAAAUAGAUACUACUACGUAUUGAAGUACAGUUAGUUUCACCAUUUUGUGCACUUAAUGUGAUGAUUCUUUUACAACAUCCAUAUGUAUGUAGAUUCUAUGAAUAUGUUUUGGUUUCUUUCUUGUACUUAGCUCGUUCACAGCAUCUACGACCUGUACUUGACUAUUUUCAUUUGGGGGAGCUUAUUGGCUUUUCUUCAUGGCACUUAGCCUCUUAUUUUUUUAUUUAUUGGUGUAAUUUAUUUGGGAAGAGUGGUUAUUUUGUAUGUUGUAAUUUAUAUUGAGUACCAGUAAUAGUAUAGUGCAUCAUAUUUGUUCUUUCGUUUUUGCAACUUGGAGUUUCUCUCA